CUCAACCUUACCAGUACACCACCACUCAUUUCUGUUCUAAUUCUGACACCAAUUCUUUCCAACAAUGGUUGCUUUCAAUUUGGCAAACACUUUACUCACCAUCAUUCUGACCGGAAUCCUCCUCGGAUCUCUGCCGGAAUCCGUGGUGGGUCAGAACUGCGGUUGCGCCGCAGACCAGUGCUGUAGUCGGUAUGGGUACUGUGGCACUGGCAAUGACUAUUGCGGCACAGGUUGCCAAGAGGGUCCUUGCUAUGUCAGUCCUAGUAGUGGCGUCGUUGUUGCUGAUGUUGUGACGGACGCGUUCUUUAAUGCCAUCAUCGACGUAGCUGCUGCGAAUUGCGUCGGAAAGAGCUUCUACACCAGGGCUGCAUUUCUUGAAGCUGCUAAUUCUUACUCUCAAUUUGGCACCACUGGUUCUGUUGAUGAUUCCAAGCGUGAGAUCGCGGCUUUCUUUGCACAUGUGACACAUGAAACUGGACAUUUUUGCUAUACUGAAGAGAUUGAUGGUCCCUCUAAGGACUACUGCGACGAAGACAAUACAGAGUAUCCAUGUGUAGCAGGCAAGGGUUACUAUGGCCGAGGUCCUAUUCAGCUAUCAUGGAACUACAAUUAUGGUCCAGCCGGAAAAGCUAUCGGAUUUGAUGGACUAAACAACCCUGACAUUGUGGCUUCAGACGUACUUGUGUCGUUCAAGACGGCCUUAUGGUAUUGGAUGAACUUUGUUCACCCUGUCAUCGGAGAAGGGUUCGGGGCAACCAUCCGUGCCAUCAAUGGUGCUCUUGAAUGUGAUGGUGGAAACCCUGACACUGUUAACGCUCGUGUAGGGUAUUACACGGACUACUGCAACGAACUCGGUGUCGCGCCUGGUGAUAAUCUCCGCUCAUAUAUAACUUUUCUUUUCAAAAUGGUUGCUUUCAAUUUAGGGAAAACCUUACUCACAGUCGUUCUGACCGGAAUCCUCACCAGAUCUCUGCCGGAAUCCGUGGUGGGUCAGAACUGCAGUUGUGCCGCGAAUCUGUGCUGUAGUCAAUUUGGGUUCUGUGGCACUACCAUUGACUAUUGUGGCACAGGUUGCCAAGCGGGUCCUUGCAUCGGCACGACCACGCCUAGUACUCCUAGUAGUGGUGUCUCGGUGGCUGAUGUUGUGACAGAUGGGUUCUUUAAUGGCAUCAUCGGCCAAGCCGGUGAGAAUUGUGCCGGAAAGAGCUUCUACACCAGAGCUGCAUUUCUUGAAGCUGCCAAUUCUUAUUCUCAAUUUGGCACCACUGGUUCUGCUGAUGAUUCCAAGCGUGAGAUUGCAGCUUUCUUUUCACAUAUAACAUUUGAAAUUGGACACUUUUGCUAUAUUGAAGAGACAGAUGGUCCCUAUUGGAACUUCUGCGACCAAACUAAUACACAGUAUCUAUACGCACCAUGCAAGGCUUACUAUGGCCGAGGUCCUAUUCAGCUAACAUUGAACUUCAACUAUGGUCCAACCGGAAAUGCUAUCGGAUUUGAUGGACUCAACAAUCCUGACAUUGUGGCAUCAGAUGCAGUUGUGUCAUUCAAGACAGGCUUAUGGUUUUGGAUGAACAAUGUUCACCCUGUCAUCGGACAAGGGUUCGAAGCAACAAUCCGUGCCUUUAGUGCAAUUGAAUGUGAUGGUGCAAACCCUGACACCGUUAAUGCUCGUGUAGCUUAUUACACAGACUACUGUAACCAACUUGGUAUCACUCCAGGCGAUAAUCUCCGCUGCUAGGUUACAUAUUUAAGUUCUAGUACAAUUUUUCUUUGGGUACAUAACUUGGAAGAAAAUAAAUAGUGGUCUGAACUUUGUUUAGGUUCUUAUUAAGACUUAAUUUUCUGUAUUUUGGACCUAAGGAUGCACUCUGACUAUAUUUUUUGAUAUAUGAUCUAGAGGGUA